UAAGACGGCCCCAGCUUCCACUGCGAAUUCGCGCCAUUCACCCGUCACGCCGCUCGCCCCCCUCGAGUUCCUCCAGAACCAACGUCGGGGGUCGAUCACGGACCCCUCGCUGCACGCUGCUGGAGCCAGCGGCGUCGCCAACUUCGCCAGUUCUCCGCCGAGCAGCAGCAAGCAGCGACAGUCAGACCCGGCUGCGACUCUCGCCAGGCUACAGUCGUCUCCAUCGUACAGAUUCGGCGAGGCGUCUAGUGCACAGCCCUCUGAAAGCUCAAGCUCGAACUUCCGCCGGAUACUGAGGUCGCCGCCGCCUAUUGAAGGGAGAGGCAGAGAAGAGAGAAGAGAAGCGGGUCCUGGACAAGACUCGAAGGCGGCACGAGACAGCCAUCAUAUGGAAGUGGACACACAAAACCCCCACCAAGGCCUACCCAAGUCUCUGUCGGGCGUCGACUACCAGGGCCGGAGGCCGUCGCUUGCAGGAACAAAACGCAAAAUGAGCCCUGAUGCCGCAUCUGCAUCGUCUGACAUAGAUCCACAACUGAUAGGUCCUGGUGUGCCCAGCGGGACGAAUGCAGAAGGAGAAGAACGUGUGUCGAAGCGACGGAGCUCGGCGUUCGAGACGCAUCGGAUGGAGUAUUUGAACCUGCAGGACCGGCGGGGCUCGGGAGACGGACGGGUGGGCACGCCCGGGACUGGUGGUAGCGGAAGCGGCGGGGGCGGGAGCGGAGGCGGCGGGCAGCAGCAGUGGUGGGGCAGCGAGAGGCGAGAGGCGGCGUCGACGCCUGUGUUUGCGAACACGCCUGUGACUGCCGGCGGUUACACGACCACGCCGUCCUCGGCAUUCGCCGACGGGUCGCCACAUGGCCGACCUCCGCCCAGCAUCACAACUUUCGCGUGGCCCACUGCCAAUCCGCCCGCAGAUCCAGGCCAAAAGGCCCAACCACCGCAACCAGCCAACGAGGCCAGCAUGGCUCCCAACCCCCAGUCCCCUUAUGACCCAAACCUCGCCAUGUUGCCCCCACCAGGCUCGUUCCCCCACGACCGUCGAAUGUCCGUCCCAGCGAUUGCUCCAGAAAACAUGCCUGCCUCUCCCGCAUCAGCCUCGUCCCGCGCCCUCAGAUCGCGCUCGCGACCCACCUCGCGCACCCGCGCAAAUCAAUCCGCCGGCACAAGCACCGAGCAGUCGCCAGGACCCUCCAACUCGGCCCCAGAAGAUGGUGCUGGGCUAUCCCAUCUGCCUUCGAAAGAGUCUGGCUCCACACCAUACUCGCGUUCGCCAGAGCUGAGAGUCUCGCACAAGCUUGCAGAGCGAAAGAGGCGGAAGGAAAUGAAGGAUCUCUUUGACGAGCUGAGGGAUCAGUUGCCGGCUGACAGGGGAAUGAAGGCGAGCAAAUGGGAGAUCCUGAGCAAAGCGAUCGACUUCAUCGGCCAGCUCAAGCAGACCCACCAGGAGAUGAGCCGGGAGAUUGACAUGUUGAGGCACGAGGUGGAUGGUUUUCGACAAGGCAUACCUCCGCCCUUCGGGCCUGGCGGUCCUCCGCAUUCUGUUGUCUAUGGGCACGGCCCGCCAGUGGGCGUCCCACAGUUUCAACCUGGUCCUCCAGGACCUCCGGGGUCGACUGCCCCACCACCUCACCCCCAACACGUUCAGCCACCACCCCCACACACCACCGCCCAGCAGCCACCACACUCGCGCCCGGGCUCGUCUCAGAACGCGUAUCCGCCGGGCGUGCAGCCCCAUCCGAACGGCACGUCAAACACCUCCGCGACGGAGAACACGUCGUGACCUCACUGCGCCCUAUCAUGUUCAAAUCGCAUGUAUCGAUAUAUCACAUCCCUCCCGCGCACCCCAGGACCAAGCCUGAUCUAUCUAUUGAAAGUUACUGUUGUCGCCCUGCUGUGCUGCCCCGGACCACCCCCCACGUACACGCGCGCGCGCGUUCG